CAAUCACAGCACGCAUGCGCCUGAGCUGCCUGGAGGAAGCAGCUAUUUAUGUCCGGCUCCGGCUAGAAAUCAGCAGAUUGUGAUCGCUGUGUGACUGGGGCAGGGCCGCGCUGAGGACAAUGGCGGAGCCGGGCGACAACCGGAGCGUUAACCAGCUGGCUGCAGAGACUGCGAGUCUUGAGGAGCAAUUCCAAGGAUGGGGCGAGGUGGUCCUGCUUGCUGACCGUACCCUUCGCUGGGAGAAGCCUUGGUUCCCAGCAGCUAUAAUGGGGGCCGUGUCCUUCAUAUUUCUGAUGAUCUAUUACCUGGAUCCGUCAGUUCUCUCUGGGGUUUCCUGUUUCAUCAUGUGUCUGUGUCUGGCUGACUAUCUUGUUCCAACACUGGCUCCCAGAAUUUUUGGGUCUAACACAUGGACCACUGAGCAGCAGCAAAGACUGCAUGAGAUCUGCAGCAAUCUUGUGAAGACCCGCAGGAGGAUCAUUGGCUGGUGGAAGCGCCUCUUUGUCCUAAAGGAGGAGAAGCCCAAGAUGUAUUUCAUGUCGAUGAUCACCGCUCUUGCCAUGGUUGCUUGGAUCGGACAGCAGGUUCAUAACCUCCUCCUGACAUACAUUAUUGUGAGUUUUGUCUUGUUGCUUCCUGGUCUCAACAAACAUGGAGUCAUCACAAAAUUUGCUGGAAUGGGAAAGCGCGAAAUCAACAAACUGCUGAAGCAAAAAGAGAAGAAGAAUGAAUAGUGUUGUGCGAGAUACAAAAGGAAAACUUCCAUGGGAGCAUUUAAUGUUUGUUCUUGGGGCCUGACCCUAACCUUACCAUUACGUUCCCCAAUAACUGCCAAUGCUGUAUCUGUGUUGCACUGAAAUUCCAACCUCUGAAGUAUGAAGACUCUCCACCCCGGGGUGCUGUCCUCGUCUCCUGUGUUUCUUUACCACUUUAAAUGUUGUCCACUCUUGUAAAUAUUCCAUAUUUUAGUGUUUUGUCUGUGUUUGUUUUUGUUGCUUUCCAUACUUUGCAAAGUAAAAUGUUGAUGUGUCUUCCUGUUAAUGGAUGUAAUAAAAUGUAGAUUGUCCAGGAA